AGUCCCCGGCGUGACAUUUCAGAGUUGUUUUCGUUUUGCUUCUUCGUGUGUGGUGCAAUUUCACAUUUUGUCCGUUCGCGAUGGGAAAGGCCAAGAAAACGAAGCCUCACAAGGCCAAAGUGAAUCCCACUGGUUUGGUGGAUGUAAACGCGUUGAUCGAGCAGGAGUUGGCAAACGGGAAAUCCGACUCGCCGAUUCAGGCUAUUGUGGACCAGUUGCAGUCGGCCAGUACGGAAGAUAAGAUUUGCGGGUUGCAAACGUUGGCCACCAUUUGCCAGAACGAUGUCAACAUUGGUGCCGUGGUGGAAAGCGAUAUCGUACGAAUCGCCGCUAGUCUCCUGGUGGAUCCGGAUUUGAGUGUCCGACAUGCCACGGCGGGAGCCUUCCGGAAUCUUUCGGUCCAGAGUGUGGAGAUUUGCGAAUACAUGGUGGACCAGGAUGUGUUGACGCCGCUCUUGGCGCUGUUGAAUCGUUAUGCAGCCACUGCCGACUGGAAACCGACGUUUGAUAAGACAUUGACGGAUCAAAUGGACGAAAAGUCGGAUACUUUUCUGCAGGCCGUGAAUUUGCUCUGGAACCUGUGUGAGAGCACUUCGGUGGCGUUGGACAGCUUCAAUCAGUCCCAGUUGCUGGAAAGCUUCGUCAAAUGCCUGAAUGUUAAUGUUUUUGGAAAGGAAAUAGCUGUUGCCGUUGCCCAAUGCCUCUUGGUGAUUUCCGAAGACAACUCGGCAGCUUGGCGGAUUUUGUCGAACUUCGGCAAUGAACUGUCUUCAUUGCUGGCUCUGGAAGGAGAUUACCCCAGCGUUCUUCUACGUACUGUGGCCGCCGGUAUCAUUGCCAACGUUCCGGCCCUCUCGGCCACCUAUCUAAGUCAGAUUUUCAUUGCGCUGUCGAAAACGCUUGAAGUGAAUCAUCGUGCGGCGUUGAAUAGCGUAACAAGCUCGUUGCCAUUGUUGAAUCAAAAAGAUGUCGCUGAUCUGGAAGUCACCGACGAUACCCAAAUGGAACAAGAAUCACCGGAACAAUCCUUCCAGAGGAGGCGGCGAGCUGAUAUGCCAACGGAAGUCGAAAUGGAAGUUAGAAACGUAGGCUGGCUCCUACAGGCCCAAAGAAUUGCGGCGGAGAUUCUGACCAACAUUUGCUCGACCGAGGAAAAUGAAUGGCAAGAGGACAUGGACGAGGACAAUCUUUCCGAGGCAGAAAGUGUUCAUGACUACGAGACCAACGGAGCCAACGAUAGUGUGCAAAAUACCGAUAAACUACCGGUAGAAGUUCUGGAAGCAAUCAAAUCUCUAGGAUUAGUAGAGAAGCUGUGGCAAAAGGCACAACCAGUAGCGGAAAACGUUGGACAAAUUCUUGCCGAGAACGACAAAAACCUACUGAAACGUGUCAACAAUUUACGAGCUUCCUCGAUGCUGUGUCUUCAUAAUCUAUGCAACAAUAUCUCCUCGGAUGAUCUGGGUGGUGCGGAAGGCAUUUAUCAAGUGUGGCUGGAGCUGGGUCAGCAAGUUUUCCAAGGUCACCAAAAUCCCAAAUUGUUAGAAGCGUCCACUUCACUGAUGCGUGCCACGUUGGAACAUCUGCGUAAAAACCCGGAACUGUUCAAGCAGAUGACCGAAAGCGAUCUCCAGUUGAUGCUAAACGGAGUAACCGACUGUCAAGACGCCGAAAUCCGAGCCAAUUGGCUUCGAAUGCUCGGAAUCCUUGGUUGCCUGCUACCUGAACCUCUCAUCAAAUUGAUCAUAGAUUUUGUUCUCACUACCUGCAUGAACGAACAAGACCUGUGGACCGUCUCAGAAGCAAUGGAUUCCAUGAUGGACAUCUUCGCCGACAACGACUGGAAUCAAAUCGUGCAUGAUCUGGGCAUGGUGACCAAAUGCAAGGAACUCGAUCGGCGAAUGAAAUCCAAACUGAAACAGAACAAACGCGAACUGAACGAGCGUUACCCGGCCGUGAGCACCGUGCGGACCAAUCUCGGCAGAUUCUGUAAGUAUCUGGAAACUGAGAUGAAGAAAUUCAAGCCUUCGAUGGAAGCUUGAAGUGCUGCAGUGUCAUCCCGUAAUACCAAUAUAUGGAUGCCUAAGCAAUCCUUCCUAUCAAAACAAACACCCACAUAUUCGACGUUAAGAUUGAAUCCAGAUUUAUAGUUUAUCCUUUGUCUCUUUAGCCGUUGUAGCUGUAAUAGAGAUUCAAACUGAAUAAACACACAAGUUUUCUUUGGUAGAAAUA